GCCCAGGCACGUGUGUCGCCCUUGACAACGGAGACGGCAAUGGUGGGGAAAGCGAAGCGGGCUCGGAUCAGGUUGCACCCUGCUGCCGUGAAGUUGACGGGGUCGGCGAAGGCGGAGAGUGAGCCUCCCCAAGAUUCUUCUCUGUCUUGGCCACCACUUCCACUCUCCGCGGCUGUCAGAAGUCAGCUGAAGAAGGAUGCCGAUCACUUGUCGACUUCGAUCUUCGCUGGUACCAAGAUCGAUCCGAAGUUGCUGGUUAGAAAACUGGAUGACGAAGACUGCAAGACCGUGGCAUCCAGUAAAAAAGGUGACAAGAUUCAGCUCCCAAAGAAAGAAAAAAUAAAGCAAAGGCAUGAGCAAUGGCUUCAGAAGAUCGAGAUGAUCAAACUUGCAAAACAGAAGAAGAAAGCCCAAGAGAAACGGAAAUCCACCCCUGUGGUGGGAGACAUGCAGCCACUUUCUGAUGCACUGCCAGAAUUGACAGAUUUGAUCAGCACAAGCAACAAUUCAGUGGCCCAGAAAUCAAAGAGCAAUGCAAAGAAGAAACCUGAAAGAAUACAAUACAGUCGGAUGAAGCAAGCUCAAAAACGGAAAUUAAUAGAGGAAGAAGUGGCUAGGUUCAAAGUUACCAUUGAGAACCCUGCAUUUAAGGCAGACCCUCUGGCAGCAGUCAGUGAACAUCUUCGAAAGAGAAUAAGGCAAGAAGAUGAAAUCUGAAGAUCAGAAAUGCUUGACUUUUGCCAGUGGACGUUUAAGUGAUUAGGACACCAUGGAAUAAUUCAUAAGCUGACUGUGUUUGUCAGGUCUUGUUUAAAAAUAUUGUUGCUGAAUGAUAGUAUUUCAGACUUUAUUUUUCUCAGUGCCCAUGUUUUCUUAGACAAACAGGAAGUAAGAUAAAUGUUAGUAUGUGCAAUGCAAGAACUUUUAUUUUAGUAUGUUAGAAAAUGUUUUGUACAUAUAUUAUACUACAUAUAAUAAAGGUUGGUUGAA